CCUGAGGGCGGGCGGGCCUGCGGCAGUGGGAAGAAAGAAGGAAAUUGUCCCGGAUUCCUGCAAGUCAGUGCCUGGGAGAUUCCAUAAAGAGAGCACGGCCGAGGGCGUAGGGCGGAGACCGUCGCGGGUCCGGAGGCGCCUCCGCCGUCUCUCCUACUCCCAGCCCGCUUUCCAAGACACACGUCCCGCCCGCAGCUCCUUUCGAUGCAGCGAGCCGCACAACGUCAGGCAAGAGAAGAGGAAGGAAUUAACCCGGAGUGUUGAAGGUCGAUUUGAGGGACUUAGUCCCCGUGUUUUCGAUUUGUCAUCCUGCAGGUCGGCUGUAGCAGGUGGCACUACUUGAAGCAAAGGGAGGAAGUUUCCCCAAAUCGGUAGAGAUCGGAGAGAUUGUUGGGCGUGGCACACCUCCAGGAAGGGGAGGGCAAGCAGCCUGUCUUGAGGAGGUCUCUACCUCAGGAAUCAGCUAUUGUGAGCUUGAAGUGGCAGAAGACCCUCACCCUCCACAGGCCGGCACCCAGGCCCUCGGCCCUUUACCCCAACCCUGAGUGACUACUCUAUUUGUUGGUCCCUGCAGUUGUCAGGGACGAUUGCAUGGGCUACGCUAGGAAAGUAGGUUGGGUGACUGCAGGCCUAGUGAUUGGAGCUGGUGCCUGCUACUGUAUUUAUAGACUAACCCGGGGAAGAAAGCAGAACAAGGAGAAAAUGGCUGAGGGUGGGUCUGCAGAGGCUGAUGAUGCUGGGGACUGUACUGGGAUCAGGUACAAUGAGUGGUCUGACGACGAUGAUGACAGCAAUGAAAACAAGAGCAUAGUAUGGUACCCACCUUGGGCCCGGAUUGGGACUGAGGCUGGGACUAGAGCUAGGGCCAGAGCAAGGGCCAGGGCUACCCGAGCACGUCGCGCUGUCCAGAAACGUGCCUCCCCUAAUUCAGAUGAUACAAUUUUGUCCCCUCAAGAGCUGCAGAAAGUUCUUUGCUUGGUUGAGAUGUCUGAAAAGCCUUACAUUCUUGAAGCAGCUUUAAUUGCUUUGGGUAAUAAUGCUGCCUAUGCAUUUAACAGAGAUAUUAUUCGUGAUUUGGGUGGUCUCCCAAUUGUUGCAAAGAUUCUCAAUACUCGUGAUCCCAUUGUGAAGGAAAAGGCUUUAAUUGUCCUGAAUAACUUGAGUGUGAAUACUGAAAAUCAGCGCAGGCUUAAGAUAUACAUGAAUCAAGUGUGUGAUGAUACAGUUACUUCUCGCUUGAACUCAUCUGUGCAGCUGGCAGGACUAAGACUGCUUACAAAUAUGACUGUUACUAAUGAGUAUCAGCACAUGCUUGCUAAUUCCAUUUCAGAUUUUUUCCGUUUAUUUUCAGCAGGAAAUGAAGAAACCAGACUGCAGGUUUUGAAACUCCUUUUGAAUCUGGCUGAAAAUCCAGCCAUGGCUAGAGACCUAUUCAGGGCCCAAGUACCAUCUUCACUGAGUUCCCUCUUUAAUAAGAAGGAGAACAAAGACAUUAUUUUGAAACUUCUGAUCAUCUUUGAGAAUGUCAUUGACAACUUUAAAUGGGAUGAAAAUGAGCUUACUCAGAAUCAAUUUGAGGAAGGUUCACUUUUUUCCUUUUUGAAAGAAUUUCAAGUAUGUGCUGAUAAGGUUCUGGGAAUAGAAAGUCACCAUGAUUUUUUGGCAAAAGUGAGAGUUGGAAAAUUCAUGGCUAAACUGGCUGAGCGUAUGUUCCCCAAGGGUCAGGAAUAACUUCUGGAUUUUGUAGUUUAGAAGCCACACACGUUGUGAGCUAUACCUUUUCUCCACCUUGUUUAUAUGGUAAAGGAAUCCUUUCAGCUGUCAGUUUGGAAUAGUGAAUACCAUAUUAUAUCAUCAGUGCUGACAUUUAACCUAGUUGGACUUCAGGUUUUACUGGAUGAAUGAGUAUCACUACUUGUUAUGAAAACAUGUUUGUUGCUUUUUACUUCGCAGCCUAGAAUGGAAUAUUUUUACUAUUUCCUCUGCAUAAGUGACAGUGAAUCAAUUUGUCAUAAGUAAGCUCCCUCUACUGUCAUUUUUGUUGAUUUCAUUUGUGUAUCAUUAAUAAAGCUGUGUGUUAAUGCUCUAGUGACAAAAAGAAUGAAAGAAGAAACUCGCCUUAGUCUUUUGGUUUAUAAUCUAGUUGGAGAGGUAAGAAACAUACAAAAUGAAAGAAAUCUGAGACAAUUUAGAGCAUGCACUUAUUGUCAAGUGUGCUCUGUCAGAGCACAUGGAGGCAUAGGCUUUUGCAGAACAUACUGCUUGGAGGAGGCAGCCACUGUACAUGAGCUCAGAAGGUGGCAGGUUGGGUGGGUGUUCCAUGAGACAGGAAUAAGGGAGCAAUGGUGUGAGAAAAGCAUUGACAUAGAAAUCUUUCUAUGACAGCUUAGAGCAAAGAAUGUGAGCAGUAGGAAUAAGUGCUUUGGAAAAAUGGAGAAAACCAGUUUGGGAGAGCUGUUUGACUAUUAUCCGAUUGAAUACAAGCAGCCAAAAAUUUUUGACCAGAAAAUAAUUGGGAGCCAUCUAAAAACUCCCACCUUGCCUUUAACACCCUACAGUGUCAACGAAGGUGUGGCUAAAUGAGCCUUCUGAAACCCUGGUGGUGACUAUUUGAUACUACAUAUCAUAAACCUUAGAAUAUGUAAACACCUCAUCUUGAGAAGUGAUCAAGUAAUUGACCAAAGAUGAUGUGUAUAAGGUUGUUCAUCCCUGCCCUGUCUCAGCUGGUAAAAAUUGGAAACUACAUAAAUGUCUAGCACACUGGAUUGGUCGCAUAAGUUAAGGAAUGUUCACAGAGUAGGCUAUGGAAAAUAUGCU